AUGGCAGACCAAGACCUCUUCGAUGAGAAACACAAAAUAGGCGAGCAGGUCAUCGACUCAUCUAGUGAGUCUGAUCAUGGUAUUGUCAAAGACUGGGAUACCGAAGAAUCUGCCGUUCGACGGAAAAUCGACUUCAUCCUUAUUCCCAUUCUCGCAGUAGCCUUCUUUGCCUUGCAAAUGGACCGUGGCAAUAUUAGCGCCGUGUUGACAUCGACUAUCACAAAAGACCUUAAUAUCACAACAAACCAAAUCAAUAUCGGAUCACAACUGCUCUCUGCUGGUAUUGUUCUUUCAGAGAUCCCAUCGAAUAUUAUUAUGCAGCGAAUUGGACCCCGUGUCUGGUUAUCGGGUCAAUUGUUCGCUUGGGGGUUGGUUGCGACCUUCCAGGCCUUUGUUAACUCGUUUCCCGCGUACCUGGUUACGCGGGUUUUGUUGGGAUUCUGUGAGGGUGGUUUUAUUCCUGGCGCUCUAUACUACCUCUCCACCUGGUACAAAAAGGACGAGACCAGUCUUCGUACCAGUCUCUUCUUCUACGGGCAGAUGUUCGCAUCGGCUACAUCGAGCUUGAUAUCCGCCGGUCUCCUUCAGCUGAAUGGCACCCAUGGUAUGGAGGGAUGGAGAUGGAUCUUCCUUGUCGAGGGCUUAAUCACCCUGUUCAUCGCAAUCGUAUUCACUCUCCUCGUGCCUCCAUCUGCCGGAGAUGGGCGUCCAUUGAUCGCCUUCGGCCGCUGGAGCUACUUCACCGAGCGCGAGUCGCACAUCAUUCGCAAUCGCGUUCUGCUAGAUGACCCUCGCAAAGCCAAGGGCCAUAUCCAAAUUUCAGGCUCUGAUAUCUGGCAGACUGUCAAACAGCCACGGAUCCUGCAACAUGUUUUCGUGACUUUGGUCUCCAUGACUGGCUUCACGGGGUUGACCCAAUACACACCUAGUAUGAUCAAAGGACUGGGAUUCGGUGCUGUCAAGGCGAACGCCUUGGCCUCGGUUCCAGUCUACUGUGGUAUGAUCUGGCUGAUUGUGUUAUCUUUUGCUGCCGACAAAACGAGACACCGUGGACCCUUUGUGCUAUUGGCGAUCACUUGGAAUGUGAUUUCCUACGCUUGCCUUCGUACAAGUAGCCCCCACGCUUCACCAUGGCACCGGUAUGGAGUUAUUGCCGUUGCAAAUAUCUCCUAUUGCAGCAUGCACAUCCUCAAUGUCGGAUGGCUAUCAUUCUACUGCCGCACACCCCAGGAACGAAGCGUUGCCAUGGCGUUGGUCAUCAUGGCUGCUAACUGUGCUGGUAUCGCUGGCUCGCAGAUUUUCCGCACUUCCGACGCUCCGAAGUACUUGCACGGUCUCACUGCGAUCUGCUCUAUUGCCGGUGCCUCAUGGGUCCUCGCUUUUGUGCUUUCUGUUCAAUAUUAUUUCCGCCGGCAAAAAGCGGUUCCUUCAGAUAAUGGGGAGACAAAAGCUUGA